AUGAAGAAUAAAGUAACUUUAGAUUUACUAAUCCAAGCAAAAGAUUCUUUCUUAAGUAGUAACAAUAAUAAGAAUGAUCAUGUAAUUAAAGAAAUUGAUAAAUUAACAAACUCAUAUUUAGAUAUAUUACAAAUACUGCAUUCACUAAUAAAUUGCACUGAUGAUAAUAAUAAAGAUAGCAAUAACAAUAUGGAUAUUAGUAGUGGUGGUGAAUCAAACAUUAAGUUUAUAUUAUCGCUUUUAUUAAGGUUUACACCAAACAUUCAUGAAAUAUUACCACCAAGACAAAUGGUUAAAUGUUGUGAAGAGAUUAUGAGCAUUUGUAGGAAUGAGAAAAAAUCAAGAGAUUGGCCAUUAAAAUCAUCAGAUUUAGAAGAAAAGGAAAAAUUAACAGAAUUAGAAUUUAAUAGACUUAGAAAAUUGGACAAAUCUAGAAUAUCAGAAAAUGCAAAAAUAUUUAUUGCCAAUAAAAAUAGUAGAUUAUUAAGAUGUUGUACUCUAAAAUCAGAUUUGUUAGAAAUUGAUAAGGAUAAAAUGAAUAUUUUGGUGAAAAUUUUUAUUGAUGAAAUGGUAACAGUGGAACCACCAACCUUGCUAACCGAUUAUAUAUUGAUUGUACCUAAACCUAUUCCAUUUGAAAGAGACAAUAUAAUUCAAAAAAAGUUUAACGAUAGUCCAGAAUUAUGGGAUUUACUUCAAUCCAUUACAUAUGAUUAUGAUAAAUUUGAAGAAGUUUUUGAUUUAAUAUUAAGACCAUUACUUGCUAUAAAUAUUGGCUUUUGGUAUCGUGUGAAAGAUCAGAAUCCAAAUAACUAUCCUUUAGAAUUAAAAUCAUCUGAAAGAUUAUUAGAGAUGAUGAAGACGGCUAAAUAUUUACCAGAACCAUUAAAUCAUGUGGGAAAAUUAUUUCCACACAUUACGUCAAAUGAUAUUGGUUACUUAUUAUUUGAAUGUAUUUGGAAAUUUAUUAUGGAAAAUAGGCAGCAAUGUCCAUAUUCUGAUGACGAUUACGACGAUAAUGAUAAAUUGGAUGGAUUCAAAAAUUAUUGGAAAAGAAUUAGAAAGUUGAAAUUGACUGUACAGAAAAAUAUUAUGAUGAUUCCUCAAGAAAUUGCUAAUUGGAUGUGUAGUAAUGUUGGUGACGACGAUGAUCAAGAAUCAAAGUCAAUACAUGAUGUUCAUCUUCUCAAAUCAAUUAAUAAUAACUCCCACUUAUUGUAUAGUGAUUAA